UUCGUUGUAAAUCUACUUUGUCCGUGGCUGGAAUGCCUGCGCGAGCUACUUGAUGAAGCCCAACAAGCUACCGUUGCUACCUACUAUCACCAUUCCAACAUCCCUUUUCUGACUCUUGCUAUGGCUGACGCCCAUACUACUCGACUGUGCGUUCAAAUAAUUCAUUCACACUUUGGCAGCCUAACAGCAAGGGUUGCCUCAGUCCUUCUCACUCGUGGACGCCUGACAUUGCCCAGCCUUGCGCGCUACUCGGGAUUGAAGACUCGUACCGUUCGGGCGGUCGUGCUCGUUCUCGUUCAGCACAAUAUCCUCUGGCAUGCUACCCUAGACAAGGAAGGGGAGGUCUUGGAGGUCAAUAUAGAUGAGUGCCUGAUGAGGUUGAGGUUUGGAAAAUAUACAUGGCUGACAGGGGAGCUGUUCGGAAAAGCGGGUGCACAGAUUGUUCAGCUUAUCCUCGACCAUGGCAAGCUUCGUCCGCCAGAUAUCAUUUCGGAACUGUCAAUCCUUGAUCCAAAAGGCUCAGCUGUAUACUCCCAGGCGUUGUACAAACUCGUGGAGGAGGCAUAUCUAAAGCCAUCAACAGUUCUCUCUCACGAGUCUCCUCGCGACAAGCUCAUCAAAUACGAGGCAGAAGAGAAGGCCAAAAUUGUUGGCUUUCCUACGUCAAAACAGCUUAAGGAGGCCCGGGAGACUGCUCAAGCAAAGAUAAAACGAGAAGAGAAGGAUGCUGAAGGUGUUGGCAUAAAACGGAAAGCCAAAGAUCUGCCAGGCCAACGAUCUGCCAAACGCAAAGCAACUGAAAGUACUGGUGUUUUAGACGACUCCGUUUAUUUUCGACUAAAUUUUGACAAAUUUAACAUACAUAUUCGUAAUUCGCUCAUUGAAAAAGCGGUCAGAGAACGCUAUAAUAAUGGUGCUGCUCUGGUCGUCAGAGCCGCCUUAAAAGUAACCGAGUCUUCCCAGAAGAAUCUCCUCGAAAAUAGAACAGAACCUAUCUCCGUAGCCAAUAUUUCUAUGCAACUUUCUGACCAGGAUGACCUCUCUUCUGGGCUCGUGUUUUCAUCGAAGAAAGGGGUGUCGAACACGACAUGUAUCAAGGAGUACCUUGGUAUCAUGUCGAAUGCCGAUAACCCCACCGCUGUCGGGAAAGAGUCAUCAUUCGUAUCGUACGAUUCGCAGAAAGUGUACGUUGAAUUCGACAUUAUUGCGAAACGACUGCGCAGAAAUGUUCUGGAGGCUGUGACGAGAGAGCGACAUGGAACAGAGGGUGUGAGAAUACUGCGCCUGUUGCUUGACACAGGGAAGAUGGACGAGAAGCAGAUAUCCAAGAUCGUAAUGAUGGCACCCAAGGAUGUUCGGCCCCUGCUAUCUGCGCUUGCGGCGGAUUCUCUUGUGAGCACUCAGGAGGUACCUAGAAGCGCAGACCGUGCCCCUUCGAGGACUUUCUACCUAUGGCACGUCGACCUUGCCAAAGCUUAUCCCGCGAUCUUGGGUCAAUUGUACAAGACACUGUAUAAUAUUGGCAUGCGACGCGAGGCAGAGAAGGAGGAGCCGAUGUUGAAAGCCGUGUUGGAGAAACGAGAACGAAGCGAUGUCCGUUUGGACGAGAGUCUGCUGACGAGUUUGGACAAAGACAUUAUCAAGGAAUGGAAACAAAAGGAGGAGAAGUUGACUAUUUUGGAGAGGCGUGUUGAGGACUCUGUGUUCAUUCUUCGUGAUCUCUCUGCUGUUUCUCAAGGAGUGGAUGAUUAAAAUACUUGUGCGUCAUCGUGCUUCCGUUCCGGCUUUAGUGCCUCCGAACAAGGCGUUACAACUAAGUAUGCAGAGAGAAGAGCUGCUACUAGGUAUUCCGGCAUACGUACAUGGGUCAACGCGCAGUGACGAUGACAUCGUGACACUUGCUGCAAACGGUAUGUUUGUCGCUUCGAUUCUCUACGACUUUGAAUAUGCGAGAUUUGCUCCGCAAGAGCGGAAAAUAAGCAAAAGUAAU